UGUCAGUACAUCGACGUGGGACUAGGCAAUGGAUACACCCUGGAUAGAGAUUUCAGUUCGUCCUCUGUACUAAAUGCAAACACACCUGCUAAAAAUGGUCGACUGAACUACAAUAAAGGAUCAUCAUGGUGUGCCGCAACAAAUGAUAGUCAGCCAUAUCUACAGGUUGACUUUGAAAAGCUUUAUAUCAUCUGUGCUGUGUCAACUCAGGGGAACUCCCAAGGGGACGAGUGGGUAAGGAAGUACACGCUUCAGUCAUCUAGGGAUGGAACAAAUUGGACAGACUAUCAAGAGGCGGGAAUAUUGAAGGUUUGUCACCUUCAGAAACCUAAUAAAUAAUAAAAGAGUAUAAUUCCUGGUUAAAAAAUUUACUGUCAUCAUUACGAUAGAGAGGUUGUUCAAGUUGUCCAAGCGCACGAUAUAAGUGCUUGAAUAACCUGGUUAAACAUAAUGGGAGUCAAAGGAAAAAACACGAACAAGGUAAACCAAGCUAUUCUAUAUAGACUUGAGCAAAAGUAACGGCGAGAAACUUUAGAACGUAUUUAGAAUAGUAUUUGUGAUGAGAGAUCUGCAUCUGAGGUAAGGAAAAACGAUCUUAACAGCGAUUCUGUUAAUCAAAAGGAUCUCAUUGCCCUAUUUGACUGACAUCGAACGCUAGCUUUAGUUCUUAGAUGCAUUGCCUCUUUUUAACUGGGAAUAAAACUGGAAUAUGGUCUCACGCUUUGUGUUAUGACAAAAAAAACACUAACAAGCCCUAACUCGGUAGAAAAAGAUAUUUCGUCUUGUCACGAGCGUGAGACAAAGAAAACAAUCUGAGUUCAUGCAGGACACGCGUCCUGUAUACUGCUAGGAUCAGCAAUGUCUAUAGCGACAUGUUUUGUUAGGGAACAUAUGUCUUUUCUUGGGGUGGGGAGGGCUGAAGCCUCAAAUGGGAGGGUCAUUAGUGAAAGUGAGCACCAAAAAGGGGAGUGUCAUACCUCUUUGUAAGCUAUUCAAGGGGAGGAUCACACAUCUUUUCCAGAAUUUUUUAAUGAGGUUUUUGUGAUGUUGCUGUCCAUUUUUCUUACAGAUUAAGUUCUUUUUUUUCCCCACUUUGAUUUUAUUAGGUGUUUUAUUAUAAGUUCUAGGUUACAUAUCUACAUGUAUAUUAUUCCAUGGCACACAGUUUUCUCGGCGGACUCGUGUCCUUUGCUAUCCGUAUCGAGACGUACUAGACUCAGGUAUCGUUUACUAGACUCAGGUAUCGUUUCUUCAGCGUCUUGCUCAUGUUGACUAUCCGCUGCUUGAUCUCCUGAGUAAUUUAGUUCUGAAGAGUUACUAGUAGAUCCCACCAUGCGCUCUACCCUGUCACUGUCACUGUCACUGUCAGACUCUGAAUUUGAGUCAGAGGCUGGCUGAAUGUUGUUCUGACUUUCCUGUACAAUAGAAGUCAAAAUCUUACUGCCAAUAUGUGCCUUCACCACCCUUACUUUCUGUUUCUUUUUUUUAAAUGCAAUAUUGUGGUGAUUAAUACAAAGUUCAAGUUCACCUACACUUAGGGGUGACAACUGGUUUCAGUGAUAGAGAUCUUCCCAGUCGAUGUCAUUGUAUUCCUGCUGCUUUCUUUCUGCAUGCUUCCUGUCAUUAUCUGUUGGCUGCCUAUCUUUUCUCAUUUCAAUGUCAGUUAGAUGCUCAAUAUAAUCUGUAACAAGCAUUUCUGAAACAAUGUAUUUUUCAGAAAACUCUUUGAUUGCCUUUUAUCCCCUGCUCUGAGCUUACCCUCUUGAAAUAUCUGUUUUAUUUGAGCUCAAGGCUGAUAAUCAUCAGGUUUGCGGCCACUCGUAGGUGUUUUCGUACCUGGUAGGUAGGUAGCCAAAGUCGGGAAGUUUGAUGUAAUCGGGAUAAGGUCGUGGGGUUGGUGUAGCUGGAGAAGGACUUACAAAAUUUUUGAAGUUUAUACUUCCCUGUUCAAACUUCAGCUAUAAAACGUAAAUAUCUCACACUGAUUGUUCACAUUUUCUUGUUUCAGCUCGCACACAUUCAAUAUCGAGAUAUAGUUCAUUUCAAACAUUUUGCGUUCACGAACGAAAUGUUCUGAGGUUUUUACGGCGUAGAACAUAGCAUGUAGUAGUGAGGGGAGGGUCGCACUUUUGUCAGUCACCUGGAGGUGGGGGGUCAGGAGUUUUUUUUUAAUUAAAAUGCAAGGGAGGGCCAACACUUUUUUUCAGAAAAAAAAAUACCAAAAUUCCCCCAAGAAAAAAUGUACCUACCUUAAAUAGAAUAAGAAAGAUGGUAAGUUCUGAGCCCGGUAAAGAAAUAGAGAAAGUUGUUAUUUUGUCUUGUCACCAGCGUGGGACAAAGAAAACAUUCUGAGUCCCCACAAGGAAUCGAACCUCAGACCUUCGGAUUCCGUGCUCUGAUGCUCUACCACAGAGCCGCAGAGACUCUAUGGUGAGCAAGGCCUAUUACAAAGUUCAUAUAUGACACACGUCCUGCAUACUACUAAGAUCAGCAAUGUCGAUAGCGUCCUGCUUCGUAAAUUGAAUAAGAAAAAUGGUAACCUUCGUUUGGGUGAGAGAAACUUUUCAAGGGGUAGGUAAAGGUAUAACGUCAAUUUCUUCAUUUACCUCUGGCGGUCUGUUUACAAUGCGCAAAUCACGUUUGAUAUUUGAUAUUUCUUGCAUCUACAGGUUUUCUCAGGAAAUUCCAACCGAAAUAAAAUAGUAAAACAAAUUUUGUGCAGUGAGCUUGUUGCUAAGCGUUUACGUUUCAUUCCUCAAGAACACUACGGAAACUGUUGUAUGAGGGUUGAAAUAUAUGGAAUACCACUGGCAGCAGGUAAAAAGCAACAUACGUUUAUAAUGAUAAAAGAGCGACAGCGCCUUAGGUACAAACCGUACUAGUAAAUACAAAAGACCGGUUCGGGCACUUUUUUUAAAAAAAUCAGAAAUAAUAAUACAAGAUCACCUCGUUCUGUUGACUGAGGAGGUAGUUUGACCAUUCAAGGUAAAUAGUACAAGCAUUGAAAGACCAUUUGGACUGACUUCAACCAUAAUUAUUGAGUUUACCAAUACACGUUACAUUGUUUGAAAAUAUCCACAAGACCUAACAAUAAUACCAGCUCGAACUCGCUCGAGCAAGACUUUGCCGGUGAGAAAAUGCCAAAUAAACCUCGGUCAGUGCGGGAAAACCUUCAAAUAAACAACCUAUGAUUUUUUUUUUAUUUUUUAUUUAUUUUUUUUUUCGAUAACUAGAGACAAUACGUUACAAUGAAGGGGAACGGAAACUUAGCAAAAAACUGCAAAUCCAACCGCUUCAAAAAUCCAAAAGCAAAUAAUCUUGUAAAAUCUUGUGCUUUUUUCGUAUAGUUCAGUGACAUCACGUGACAGCUUGACAACAGCCACUCUACACAAAAAUUGAAAAAAAAAAAGUGACGCCAGUGCCAUGCUCUUCCUGGACAUUUGGGGGAAAAGAGCAUGUCCCUUUUUCUAGCAUCUUUCAAUUCUGUUCAUCUUCCGAUACUCUGAGACACUUAAUAAUAAAGCUGCUUGUAUUUUCAGAUAAUCUUGCCUUAGAAAAGCCAGCCUUUCAGUCGAGUUUAUAUUCUGAUGCUAAGGAUGCGAAUCAUCCAAGAAAAGCAGUGGACGGAGUAAAGAAUGCAGACAGAUACCAUUGCGCAAACACAGCAUUAUUACCUCGUAAUCCGUUUUGGAGAGUCGACCUUGAACAAGUGCUGCCUGUUUCAGAGGUUUUCAUACUUAAUAGUGGAGACUGUUGUGGGGAUCGUUUAAACGGUGCCGAGAUAAGAGUAGGUAAGUACUCAAAUUAG